UGAGAAGACAAUUUCGGAGUCACUUCCUUUAUUUCCUCUCUUCCUUCACUCUCUCCUAUAUAAACCUUCCUCUCCUCUUCCUCUCUUCUCAUCUCUUCAAACCAUUUUCGAAAGCCUUGAGAGAGAGAACACAGACGAUACCAACUUUCUUCAAUCUCGUUGCCGCAGUAUAAUUAUCUCAUUCCUCGGAUAUAUCUCUCCUUCUGCGGCGGCGACAAGAAGCUACAAGAAUAAAAAGUCUGUUUUCUCUCUUUUCAAGAAACCACUUACUUCGAAAAUGGCUCGUUCUAUCUCUAACGUUAAGAUCGUAUCUGCUUUCGUCUCUCGUGAACUCUCCAAUGCUAUCUUCCGACGUGGUUAUGCGGCCACGGCGGCGCAAGGGAGCGUUUCGAGCGGUGGAAGAAGUGGAGCUGUUGCUUCGGCUGUGAUGAAGAAGAAGGGAGUGGAAGAAUCAACCCAGAAGAUUUCUUGGGUUCCAGAUCCCAAAACCGGUUAUUACAGACCCGAAACCGGUUCCAACGAGAUUGACGCGGCUGAGCUACGAGCAGCUCUCUUGAACAACAAGCAGUGAUUGAUUAUUAUUACAUGUAAUUUUGUCAAGGUCUUUAAGAGGAGAUUAGUGGGUAAUGAUCUGGUGCAGUGAACCCUAUUUUCAUAUGUUAAGUGCGGUUCUGUAAUGAAUAAAAUAGAGAAGCGUUUGGUUUCCUCUAAUUGUAACAAAAGGAUCGUUGGAUGUAUGAUAGAGUUUUUCUUAUAAAACCAUUUCAGAACUUCUUAACUGAUUACAGAAUUCUGAUUAUAGAAUUCUGUAUGAUAAAUUUAUUGCUUAACGUUUGUACAAACGUCCUAUAUGACAAAACCAUUAUUGGUUAUUUUGAUUCAGAAUCAUAAUGUAACUAUAGGUGAUGAGUAGGUAUGAUAAUUUUCUUUGUAUCGUUCCAAU